AUGGCAGCCAGCAAGGCCGCGCAGAAGAGGUUGACGCGCGAAUACAAGACCAUCGCCGAGAACCCUCCACCGUACAUUGAAGCCCAUCCUUCCGACUCCAACAUCCUCGAAUGGCACUACAUCAUCACUGGUCCCGAGAACACACCGUAUCACAACGGACAGUACUGGGGCACACUUGUCUUCCCUCCCAACUACCCCUUCGCACCCCCGGCCAUCCGAAUGCACACCCCGUCCGGCCGUUUUCAGCCAUCGACCCGACUAUGCCUCUCCAUCUCCGACUUCCACCCUAAAUCCUUCAACCCCGCUUGGGAGGUCUCGACCAUCCUGAUAGGUCUUCUUUCCUUCAUGACGAGCGAAGAGAUGACCACCGGCUCCGUCUCAAGCACCGAGGCUGAGCGCAAGAUGUUGGCGGCGCGGACGAGAUGGUGGAACUCAACCGGUGGCGGUUCCCACGCCAAGUCGAACCCUGCACAAAAGGGCAACGUCAAGGCCGGCGACGGCGGCGCCAAGUUCCGAUCCGAAUGGCCCGAGGUCGACAAGGCCAACUGGGAGUGGAUGAAGGAAAACAAGGUCGACAUGGCCACAGGGAACAAGAUUGGCGGCGCCGCAGCCGCCUCGUGCGGACCCCAGCUCGGCAUCGGCAAUGGCAGCGCCCAUCAGGCUCAGGCCGUCGUCGAUGCUGUCGUGCAGCAGCGGGAUGCCGGCCGAGGCUGGCUUAACCAGAACAAGCUCCUCGUCGCUGGUGGUGUCAUCUUCUUCUAUGUCCUGCUCGCGAGAGUAUUGGGUACCAAUGACCUAGACUAA